AUGUCCUUGCUCUGGGGCCAGAGGAAUGUGUGUCUUGGGCAUGGCCAGCCCAGCAGGCGGACAGGGUCAUUGGUAGCCCCACCUUGGGCUGAUGCCUCUGCGUCUCCUCGUCCUCAGGGCCGCAGGAAGGCCCCCGUUGCCGCCCGGGAGCGAAGCCGCGUGCAGACCCUCCGCCAGGCUUUCCUCGCCCUGCAGGCGGCGCUGCCCGCCGUGCCCCCUGGCACCAAGCUCUCCAGGCUGGACAUCCUCCUCCUGGCCACCAGCUACAUCACCCACCUGAGCCACACCCUCCAGCAGGGGCCCCUCGCGCCCAGGAUGCCCCCAGCAGCCUUCUUGCACCCACUGAAGGUAAGGGGGGGGGGAGAGGGCUGGUCUCCCCCUCUUGGGGUCUGGCAUUGGAGGGAGCUCGCUUUGGCAGCAUCUGCCACGGAACUGGCAAGACCAAGUCGCACGCUGAAGCACUGGUGGUUUCCUCACAAGGAGCCCUGCAAGGCGGGCAGAGUCCCAGAGUCCUUUGGGGAAGCCCUGGGGGGGGAGUAGCAGUGGUGGUCCCUGGGCCUCCCCCAAGUUUGUUUGCUUCGCUUCAUUUUUGGCCUUUGCACCCUGCUCUUCUGCCAAAAUGGCUUCCAGUGCGACCUAUAUACAUUUGAAAUGAGACAGGCCCUGCCAGCCGGCUAACACCCCCCAAAAAAAACCCUCACAGCGUGCAAGGUAAAAGCAACAGGGAGGGAAGAGGAAAACUCAAAACCACUGAUUUUGAAACAGUUGUUCCUAUUAUGAUUGGCUGGCCCAGACCAGAGGCAGGAGGGGCCCGACAGAGCAGCAGGGCUCCUCUCUCUCCUUCUCCCCCUCACCCCCCAUCUCACCUUCCUGUCUUGCAGAAGUGGCCCCUGCGCUGCGCCCUCUAUGUGGGCUCCUGGCCUGGAGGCCGCCCUUCCACAGAAGCAGCAGUCGCACCCUUGCCUGCCCCCGGCGGGUGGGCUCAGAUGGGUCCUGACGCCAGGGGGGCACAGCCAUGA